GGAGGUUUGCUUUCAGACGAUCUGGAUACUUUUGGUCGUUCUCUCACCGGCGCCUCUCACCGCUUACUGUACAUCGGCGCUGUCGCUCAACUCUAUUCUAUCCGUGUCAAAUUUGGCGCAGACUCUCGAGAUCUAACGACUGCUUCGUCUGAUGGACGCCCAUGCAAUAGGCCUUCUCGUCAUCCUUCAUGGCGAUAGCGCUUUGUGGGAGCGCGAUAAUGACAGCGACUCGGAUUCUGCGCGUCGGGGGAACUGUGGACUCCAUGGGUCUACACUGCUUUGUGAAUGAAGCAGCCGCGGUUUGAGGUGUGUAAAACCAGUGCCAGAAACUGAACUCCUGGGAACUGGUGGUUACUAGGAUUCGAUCCGGGUUGGGAUCAUUCGGCUGGUUUCCGACUCCCGUAACUGAAAUGGGCUUCACAAGACGUGGUUGAGCGGGCAGUUUCCCUAAUAUGUGUGACCGCUCCCAGACUGACCAACAUCGCGUCCCACCGAGUCCCGGCAACACUCCCACCGUCGGCAUCCACGAAUAUAUCCCAGAUCUUCGGACGCACGGUCUCUUGUGUCUUGUUCCCAUGGGCGCGCCGGCUGCUCUCGGCCGUCUCGAGGCGGUGAUUCCAAAAGUAGAUGCAGACGACCAGUACCGCAAGUACGGCAGCGAAGAUGAUGGAUAGGUUGACCAGGGUGGCGGGCAUCGCGGACGCGGAUGUUGAAGGGAUGAAGGUCACUGGAGUAUCGAUGUUCUCCGUGGAGGAUAUCUAUUCGGCCCGGCAGGCCCGGGUGAUCGAGCAAUCCUCACCUGACUGUGCAUCUAUCGCUGUGUCUGUUGCUCUGAUUUUCACGCUGAUUGUCGCGUCGACGGGAAGCAUUGAGACUCAAUCUUGCGAAAUGUACUUCGUGGGGCAUGUCUUCGAGCGUCAGACAUGCCAACCAGACUGGCUUAUAAAUGUGGCCGAUAGGCUUGCGGAGACGUGUUAUGACUGAGUCACGCUUCCAACAUACUGCGAUUUCAUCACGAAGAAC